AUGAACCCCAACGACAACACGAUUCCAGUCCACGCCGUAGUAGUGAAGCUGUCGCCGUUCUGCUCCAAGGAGGCGGUCUCGUGGUUCCGACGGGCAGAGGUCCAGUUCCGCCUACGAAAAAUUACAGACCCCCGCACCAAGGCAGACUACGUGUUGGAAGCCGUUCCUAAGGAACUUUUCCCCCGUAUAGCUGCGUGGCUGGAGAACCAGGUCAAGGACGUAGAAUAUGAAGACCUCAAGAGUUACCUCCUUCAGGAAUUCACACUCAGUUUCAGCGCCCGUGCCCAGCGUCUCUUAAGUAUGCCGCAAACACCCCUGGGAGACACCACAGCGCACACAGCCUGGAAUGAGAUGCAAGCUCUUGCUACACUGCAUGACCUCGACCCCAAAACCAACAAACCACGCCAUAUAGACCUGCUUUGCGAGCUGUGGCUGCAGCGCCUUCCCUCCUCUGUAAGAGCGGCCCUACACGAAGCGGACGACUGCCCCAUGGAAGACCUAAUAAGGAAGGCUGAUAAUCUCAUCAAUGCUGCCAGGGCCUCCCGCAGCCCUGACGCCAUCUGCUCUUCCCCCGCCGAGAACCUCCCCAACACCAACGCUGCCAAGUUCGCUCCCCACAGGCGGCCACUCAACAACCAGAUACGUGACCGCAAACUAGGAGCCCAUGAUCAACUACCGCCCCAUGGAAUGUGCCACUACCACUACAAGUUUGGAGCAGGGGCUCGAAAGUGCACCCCUGGUUGCCAGUGGCCAAAAAACGUGUAA